AUGUUGGUGUUUUUGUCAGUGAUGAUCAAGCUUUUCCUCCAGUUGGAUGCAUCUGUUUGUCCUGAGAAAUGUGACUGCUCUUUGAAAAACGGAAUUCGUUGCUCUGGUCCCCAUGUAAAAGACCUGGAAUCAUUAAGUCUGCCUUGCAACGUGACAGAGAUUCACAUAACGAACGCUAACGUAACGUACUUGCAAGAUGUGUUUUCUGGGAUGUUGGAGCUACAGCAUCUCAUCUUAACUUCAAACAGUAUCUCUUUGAUUUCACCAAUGGCUUUUAAAGGCUUGAGAAGGCUGAAAGCCCUCAAACUGCUAGAUAAUAAGCUGGUUGAGCUUCCUGCGGGAGUGUUUGAUGACAUGGUAUUCCUUCAGCAAUUGAUCAUAGAAAAUAACAAGUUGAAAUGCAUAGGAGAGAAUCUGUUUGACAGACUAGUCCGUUUGGAGGAGCUUUUUUUGAACAAAAACCAACUAACAGCGCUUCCUAGCGGCGUACUGAAGAAACUUGCCAAACUCAAAGUACUGAACUUGUCGAGGAACUCUUUGGCAGCACUGCCUGGAACUAUAUUUAGUGCAUUGACCAGACUUCAGAAACUGAUGCUGUAUUUUAACCAGCUCUCUUCAAUAGAGUCUGGUUUGUUUGAUAGCCUGAAGGAGCUACUAGAACUCUUCCUGCAUUGCAAUAACAUCCAGUCCAUUGCCCCUGAUGCAUUUCACUGUCUUCGUAAACUAAAAAUCCUGACGCUCUCCAGGAACAAGCUUGAGCUUUUGCCUGCUGGGCUUUUUCUGCACUUGCAUAACCUGUCUAAAUUGACUUUGUACAGGAAUCCGCUGAAGUCUCUUCCGGAAGUAUUGUUUGGAGAAAUGAGGAAUCUUGGUAGCCUGUGGUUGUAUCACACACAGCUCUCGACUAUACCAGAUUUUGUGUUCAGUAACUUGACAAAUUUAGAGCUUCUUGUGCUGAGUUUCAAUCCAGAACUUAGUGUUCUCCCUAGGAAUGUUUUCAGUGGUCUGAAUGAACUGCGGGGCCUGUCUCUGCAUACAAGUAAUAUUUCCAGUCUGCCAGAGGGCAUCUUCCUGAGCCUUCAGAAGCUGCAGAACGUUUCCGUUUUUGAUUCGAGGCUUGAGUUUCUUCCUAGUAACCUCUUCCAUAAUCUCAAGCACCUUCAGAAAGUUUACCUCAAUAGUACUAAGCUACGGUCUCUUCCUGGAGAAUUUUUUACCACUUUACCUGAGCUACAAGAAGUCUUCCUUGAUAACAACCCUUGGAAAUGUGAUUGCCAAAUCCUUGGCUUCCGUGAAUGGCUCCAAAAGAGCACUGAUAUAGUAAAAAAAGUACAAUCUCUAAUGUGUGACAGCCCACUGGCACUGAGGAAUAUUCCUCUUGUGGCUCUAACAGAUCAUCACCUGAGCUGCCUGCCAACUACCGCCACUACAUACCAGACACUCAGAAGCUCAGCUCAUUUCCAAAUUUCAACUUCCCUGGUGACAGAACAGCUGAAAUCCACUUUGACCCCCAUAACAGCGGUGCCCAGCAUAGAUAUUAAUGCACCUACAUCGAUGCCUCUUGCAACUCUAGGUUUUACUUAUUCACGCGUUCAGGAUGUUGGACGGUCUCAUUUCUCGGGUGUUCCAACUCAAACUUCUCCCAGCAUCAUAGUAGAAACCAACAGUGUAAAAGGAACAGAUUUAACUACUUUUGCCUGGUGGGAGGAGUUGCCAGCCCGCAUGAGUGCCGAGUCAUAUUUUAAUACUAGGGUUGCCUAUUGUCAGUUCUUCUUGUGUCUACAUAGUUUGAUUUUAGCGGUCCAAAUGGCAACCAUUGUGAUCACUCUAUAUGUGAUGUGUAAAACUAGGCAGUUCUUACACUCUGAGGAUAUUCCUGCUCAGCCUGUUGUUCUGAUAAAAAUUCUAAAAGAAGUAAAGAAUAUCAGCUAA